UUUUUGUUUUCUUUUAUUUUUUUGAAUGAGCGAAAGGAAAAAAGAUAUAGAUUUUAUCGUACGCACCCCACCCCCCCACACUCAACCCUCCAUACAGACUCGCCGGCACUCGGCUGAGUGGAUACACAGGCGAAGCGGUGAAGGACGAGAGCAUUCCGGCGUCGUCGUCUCAUUCCCGUUUGUUUUAUAUAUACACAUCGCCAGAUUUGGAAGCAACUUUUUUUUUUUUUUGUUGUUGGUAUUUAUCGAACGAAAUAGGAAAUGUCGGAGGAUGAGAAGUUAUUGAAGGAGGCGAAGAAAUUGCCAUGGGAGGAUCGAUUGACGCACAAGAAUUGGAAAGUGAGGAAUGAUGCGAAUAUCGAUUUGGCAGCCGUUUGCGACUCCAUCUCGGAUCCCAAGGACCCGCGACUCCGUGAAUUUGGUCCGUUUUUCAGGAAGACUGUGGCGGAUUCUAAUGCCCCCGUGCAGGAGAAGGCUUUGGAUGCACUCAUUGCGUAUUUAAAGGCUGCAGAUGCUGAUGCUGGAAGAUAUGCGAAAGAGGUAUGCGAUGCAAUAGUGGCGAAAUGUCUGACUGGAAGGCCUAAAACAGUAGAGAAGGCACAGAUGGUCUUUAUGCUAUGGGUAGAGCUGGAGGCUGUUGAAGCUUUCCUGGAUGCUAUGGAGAAAGCAAUAAAAAAUAAAGUUGCCAAAGCGGUUGUCCCUGCAAUAGAUGUCAUGUUUCAGGCAUUAAGUGAAUUUGGCUCAAAGAUAGUGCCGCCUAAAAGAAUACUGAAGAUGCUACCUGAGCUUUUUGAUCAUCAAGAUCAGAAUGUUCGUGCUUCUUCAAAAGGGCUGACACUAGAGCUUUGUCGUUGGAUAGGAAAAGACCCUGUCAAAUCUAUAUUGUUUGAAAAGAUGCGAGAUACAAUGAAAAAAGAGUUGGAGGCGGAGCUUGCUAAUGUAAGUGGAACUGCAAAACCAACCCGCAAAAUUAGGUCUGAGCAGGACAAGGAGCCAGAAAUAGAAGCUGUUUCUGAGGUUACGGCAUCUGGUCCUGCUGGAGAAAAUGCAGCUGAUGUUCCUCAGGAGAUAGAUGAAUAUGAACUUGUUGAUCCAGUUGAUAUCUUGACCCCUCUGGAGAAGUCUGGAUUUUGGGAAGGAGUGAAAGCUACAAAAUGGUCUGAGCGAAAAGACGCCGUUGCUGAAUUAACCAAACUUGCCUCUACUAAAAGGAUUGCUCCUGGAGAUUUUGCUGAAGUUUGUCGAACCUUAAAAAAGCUUAUUACAGAUGUGAACAUUGCUGUUGCAGUUGAAGCUAUCCAAGCACUGGGAAAUCUUGCCAGGGGCCUGAGAACCCAUUUCUCAGGAAAUUCUCGCUUUCUGUUACCUGUUCUACUGGAAAAACUGAAGGAGAAGAAACAGUCUUUGACAGACGCUCUGACUCAAACUCUUCAAGCAAUGCACAAGUCAGGAUGUUUAAAUCUCACUGAUAUUAUUGAAGAUGUUAAAACAGCAGUGAAAAAUAAAGUUCCUCUUGUAAGAUCAUUGACGUUGAACUGGGUCACAUAUUGUAUUGAGACAAGUAACAAGGCAGCCAUACUUAAAGUGCACAAGGAAUAUGUUCCGAUUUGCAUGGAGUGCCUUAAUGAUGGGACACCUGAAGUGAGGGAUGCAGCUUUCUCAGCUUUAGCAGCUAUUGCUAAGAUGGUUGGUAUGAGACCAUUGGAGAAGUCACUGGAAAAACUGGAUGAUGUUAGGAAAAAGAAGUUAUCUGAAAUGAUUGGGGGUUCGACAGGGGAUCCAUCAACAUCAACAAGCUCAGCUGCAGUUCAGUCUUCUGGUGGAGGUAUGGCUCAUGCAGAGGCCUCUGAUGGAUCAUUUGUUAGAAGAUCAGCAGCUAGCAUGCUUAGUGGGAAGAAACCUACUAAUGUAGCUCCUGCUGCUACAAAGAAAGCUUCCUCUGCCAAAGCUGGUACCAACAAGAAAAGUGAUGGAGGGCAAUCAAAAGUUUCUAAGCCUGUGGAACAGGAAGACAUCGAGCCAGCAGAAAUGAGUUUGGAAGAGAUUGAGAACAGAUUAGGAUCCCUUAUACAAGCAGAGACGAUUACUCAGCUAAAAAGUGCUGUGUGGAAAGAACGACUUGAAGCUAUUGUGUCUUUCAAAGAGCAAGUGGAAGCACUCAACGACCUGAAUCCAUCAGUUGAGGUUUUGAUCCGCUUACUUUGUGUUGUUCCUGGCUGGAAUGAGAAAAAUGUUCAGGUCCAGCAGCAGCUUAUUGAUAUUAUUACACACAUAGCAUCAACCGCGUUGAAGUUUCCCAAAAAAUGUGUUGUGCUUUGCCUUUUAGGUAUUAGUGAAAGAGUUGCUGACAUCAAGACUCGUACUCAGGCCAUGAAAUGCCUUACUACUUUUUGUGAAGCUGCGGGACCAGGGUUUAUAUUUGAGAGGCUGUAUAAAAUCAUGAAAGAGCACAAGAAUCCCAAGGUUCUAAGUGAAGGCCUAUUGUGGAUGGUUACUGCAAUAGAGGACUUUGGUAUUUCAUAUAUUAAACUGAAGGAUUUAAUUGAUUUCUGCAAGGACAUUGGUUUACAAUCUAGUGCUGCUGCAACUAGAAAUGCUACCAUUAAGCUAAUUGGUGCUUUACACAAGUUUGUUGGUCCUGAUAUUAAGGCGUUCCUCUCAGAUGUUAAACCUGCUCUUUUAAGUGCCCUUGACGCGGAGUAUGACAAAAAUCCGUUUGAGGGAGCAUCUGCAGCUCCUAAGAAGACUGUGAAAGUAAGUGAUUCUACAUCAUCCAUGGCUGCUGGUGGUGUAGACGGUCUUCCACGUGAAGAUAUUAGUGAGAAAAUCACCCCCACUUUGUUAAAAGGCCUGGAGAGUUCAGACUGGAAGAUUCGCUUGGAGUCUAUUGAAAGUGUAAAUAAAAUUCUGGAAGAGGCCAACAGGCGUAUACAACCAACUGGAACUGGAGAGUUAUUUGGAGCUCUUAAAAGUCGUUUACACGACAGCAACAAGAAUUUGAUUAUAGCAACGUUGUCUACAAUUGGUGCUCUUGCAUCUGCAAUGGGACCGCCGGUUGAGAAGUCAAGCAAGGGCAUUCUUUCGGAUGUUCUGAAAUGCCUUGGCGACAAUAAAAAGCAAAUGCGAGAGUGCACCUUGAGUACUUUAGACUCUUGGCUUGCUGCUGCUCAUCUCGACAAAAUGGUCCCUUAUGUAACCGCUGCUCUCACGGACACUAAGCUUGGUGCGGAAGGGCGCAAGGAUCUUUUUGACUGGUUGUCAAGACAACUUGCUGGAUUGUCCGAUUUUCCUGAUGCUAUACAUCUGCUAAAACCCUCUGCAUCUGCUAUGACGGAUAAAUCAGCAGAUGUUCGUAAAGCUGCUGAAGCAUUCUUUAAUGAAAUAUUGAGGGUUUGUGGACAUGAAAUGGUGACAAAAAAUUUGAAAGAUAUACAAGGUUCUGCUUUAGCUAUUGUUGUUGAACGACUGAAACCAUAUGGGGCUUUUCAAGAAAAUUUCGAAACUGGUAGAUCGAUUUCAGCAGGCAUAGCAUCCAAAACCAGCUCAAAGGUUGGAAAGUCCAAUGCUUAUGGAGAUCGUGCAUCUUCAUCACGGCAUGGGAACAGAGUUGCAUCUUCAAGAGCUGUUCCUACCAAGGGACCAAGACAAGACUCAAUCAUGUCUGUUCAGGACACCAACAUUCAGUCACACGCUUUGCUCAAUGUGAAGGACUCAAACAAGGAUGAUCGAGAGAGAAUGGUCGUGCGCAGAUUCAAGUUUGAAGAAUUACGUUUAGAGCAAAUUCAAGAUCUUGAGAAUGAUAUUAUGAAGUACUUUAGAGAGGAUUUGCAUCGAAGGUUGCUAAGCACAGACUUUAAGAAGCAAGUUGAUGGGAUUGAGAUGCUGCAGAAGGCUCUUCCAUCAAUUGGAAAGGAGUUAAUUGAAGUCUUGGAUAUACUCUUGAGGUGGUUCGUGCUGAGGUUCUGCGAAUCAAAUACAUCAUGCUUACUAAAGGUGCUGGAGUUUCUUCCUGAACUCCUGGAGAUGUUAAGGAAUGAGGGUUACACUAUGACUGAAGCAGAGGCUGCAAUUUUUCUUCCUUGUUUGAUUGAGAAGUCUGGACACAACAUUGAAAAAGUACGAGAAAAAAUGCGGGAAUUGAUGAAACAAAUUAUCCAUGCAUAUUCACCCGCAAAAACUUUUCCUUAUAUUUUGGAAGGCUUGCGUUCUAGAAACAACAGAACAAGGAUUGAGUGUGCUGAUCUUGUUGGAUUUUUGCUGGAUAAUUACGUAGCUGAGAUAAGUGGGCAAUUAAAGUCCUUGCAAAUUGUUGCUUGCUUAACUGCUGAACGAGAUGGUGACACUAGGAAAGCAGCUUUAAAUACAUUGGCAACUGGAUACAAGAUUCUUGGUGAUGACAUUUGGAGAUUUGUUGGAAAGCUUAAUGAGGCACAAAGAAGUAUGUUGGAUGAUAGAUUUAAGUGGAAGGCCCGAGAGAUGGAGAAGAGAAAAGAAGGCAGGCCAGGGGAAGCUAGAGCUGCCCUAAGGCGUUCAGUGAGGGAUAAUGGGUCUGAACCUGCCGAGCAAAGUGGGGAAGUGUCUCGGUCUACAACUGUCCCAAUCUUGAAUCGGGAGAAUUAUGGUCAUUCUGAAGUUCACACAGAGAGACUGCCGAUCACUCGAACAUAUUCUGGUGUGGGCCCCACAGACUGGAAUGAAGCUUUAGACAUUAUAGCAUAUGGUUCUCCAGAGCAGUCUGUAGAAGGAAUGAAAGUUGUAUGUCAUGAGUUGGCACAAGCAACGGCUGAUCCUGAAGGCAGCACAAUGGAUGACAUAGUAAAAGAUGCUGAUAGACUUGUUUCAUGCUUGGCAAAUAAGGUGGCAAAGACUUUUGACUUUAGUCUUACUGGUGCCUCUUCUAGGUCUUGUAAAUAUGUGCUGAACACUCUGAUGCAGGCUUUUCAGAACAAGAGACUUGCUCAUGCAGUUAAAGAAAGCACCCUUGAUAGUCUCAUCACUGAGCUGUUGCUCUGGCUUUUGGAUGAAAGGGUUCCGCAGAUGGAUGAUGGCAGUCAACUUUUGAGAGCUUUGAAUGUUCUGAUGUUGAAGAUUCUGGAUAAUGCCGAUCGUACCUCAUCAUUUGUUGUGCUUAUAAAUCUCUUGCGACCUCUGAAUCCAUCAAGAUGGCCUGCUCCAGCAACAAAUGAGACUCUCAUUAUUAGAAAUCAGAAAUUUUCAGAUUUGGUCGUUAAAUGUUUAAUUAAACUUACUAAGGUCUUGCAAAAUACAAUAUAUGAUGUAGACCUUGAUCGCAUCCUUCAGAGCAUCCAUAUAUAUCUUCAAGAAUUAGGAAUGGAUGAAAUACGGAAGAGAGCGGGAGCUGAUGACAAACCGCUUCGCAUGGUUAAAACUGUUCUGCAUGAGCUUGUUAAACUUCGUGGAACCGCCAUAAAGGGUCAUCUUUCCAUGGUCCCAAUUGACAUGCAACCUCAACCUAUCAUCCUUGCCUACAUCGAUCUUAAUCUCCAGACCUUGGCAGCUGCAAGAAUGUUGACGCCAACUGGGCCUGUUGGGCAAACUCACUGGAGUGACUCGACUGCCAACAACCCAGCGCCUGCUGCAACACACUCUGCGGAUGCACAAUUGAAGCAAGAAUUGGCUGCAAUAUUUAAGAAAAUUGGUGACAAGCAAACUUGCUCGAUUGGUCUUUACGAACUAUAUCGCAUAACACAGUUAUAUCCCCAGGUUGAUAUUUUUGCUCAGCUGCAAAAUGCCAGCGACGCCUUCCGCACAUACAUUCGAGAUGGUUUGGCGCAGAUGGAAAGAAAUGCAGCCGCAGGGAGGACACCUUCGAGUGUGCCCCUGGCUACUCCUCCACCAGCAGCACUCAACCUUUCCCCCAGAUACGGCCCUCUAUCCCCUGUAAAUACAAACCCAUUAAGCGAUUCAAGAAAUAUGAAUACAAGAGUUGAACCAACAAAUUUUAGUUUACCCCCGUCGUAUGCUGAAGAUGACCGGCAUGUUAAUGCCAGCUCUCCAAGAGUUUCCAGUUAUGAGCAAGCAGGGCUACAGCAGAACAUGGAGGAGUCCAGAAACGACAGAUUACCAUCUGGUGUCUCAAAUGGAACAUUAGAUGCUAUUAGGGAGAGGAUGAAGAGCAUCCAAUUAGCAGCUUCUGCUGGGAAUCCUGAGUCCAGAAGCCGGCCAUUGAUACAAGUAAAUGGGAAUCUUAAUCAUCCUCCUGUUACAGAAGGGCAUGGCAGUGGUAAUCCUGUGCAUGGUGGGAUUCUUCCUAUGGAUGAGAAGGCAUUAUCUGGCCUCCAGGCUCGUAUGGAACGUUUAAAGAGUGGGUCAUUUGAUUCUCUGUAGGGACGGGAUACGAAGUUGCUAUCAUUCUUUAUUGCGGUAGAGUACCCCAUGAUGUGCUGAUUUUGUAAAUGGCGAGAGUGUACUAUUGGCAAUCCUGCUUGAUUCUGCACAUGCUCUAGUAAUUUUUGUUUCAGAAGCUUUGAUCUUUAGAUGAAUUGCCUAAGUUCUCACUGUGUGGCAGUAUUAGUUGUAUAUUGAAUUGGUAGCGACGAAUAUCAGGCAUGCAAAAGCAGGCCUUUUAUAUCCAAACUCGAAAGAUUUUGAAUUAUGCAUGGCUUGAAAUUACUUCUCUUUCAACGCCAGUUUGCCAUU